UUUGAAUGCGUAAAAGGCAUGUUGCCUGGUUAUUAUCACAUGUGUUUUGUUUUAAUGUUUUGAUUUGAUUUCCAAUAAUGUGUUUCGGCUCAAUUUCUGAAUCCAGCUAAGCUUUUUCUUGAUCAAUAUCAUUGUUCAGGUGGUUUCUUAUAGAAUAUGUCGAUCUAAUAUUUGUAGAGGUUAAGAGUGGGUUGUUGUUAAAUCUGUAACUCGAAUGAGGAUUUUACGCCCACAAGUUGUUUGAAGAAAGUCCCGAAUGAGAAUUUCAUGUUAGAUUGUUCCAUUUUAGCUAAGACAAUAUUGGUGAACACGGACCACAAUGAGUUUCCAGGUUUACUAAUGGUGUUGAAUGGCAAAUCUUUGACGUCCAUCAGCAACUCUGAGCUGAAUGAGAACCCUGAAUGAUAAGUGGGUGUCUAAUCUUCCUAUCGCUGCUACAGUAUAACAAUACUGAAAAUAGAGUUUGGGCUUUGGAGUCUGAUUGUAUGGGUGGAUUUUUGUCUCAUUUUGCCAUCAAUAUCUAUUCUUAUUGCAGCUAACUGUAAUGAUUUAGUGUCUGACAUGAUGAUUUUGAAACCAUAUGCCAUCUCUUGUUUAACUGUAUGCUUGAUCCAAUUUGACUUGUGGGAAUUGCUUAAUUGAUUCAGAACCAUGUUACUUUUGCAGCUUUGCUGACCUUGAAUUCAGAUAAAGAUAUGAUUGCUUUCAGGUUGUGUUGUUCACUGGGCUCCAAAGUUUACCUGAGUUGUCCCUUCAUGUACACAUAUGAUACUAGAUAGGAGAUUUUACCACAUAAGUACCAACGAUAAUAUACCGUCAAAGGUAAUGGGAAGCAAAUUCCCCAUUGGUCAAGAACUGGGUGGAGCAGUAUGAAAAGAGUCCUAAAUCUGCUACGGUUGAAUUGCUCAUGAUGCUUUUCGAGGAAGCACUGGAAAAUAAUAGACGGGACAUAACUUUAGCAAUGAUGAACAAUUACCCAAAACUGUUGCCCAAAUUCAUGGCUGACAAGGACAAAGUGUCACCGCUCGUAGAGAUAAUUCUGAAUAUGAAUCUCGAGCUAUAUUCGCUUAAGAGGCAAGAACAGAAUUUUGAAAAAGUUCUCCGGUCCAUUAAAGAAGCAUUUUUCAAACAUGGUGAAAAAGAACCUUUGAGGUCCUGUGUCAAGGCUAUGAGAUUUUGUUCUACUGAGAGUCAAGGAGACCUGCAAGAUUGUGCACACACUAAAUUAAAGGAGCUAGAGUAUGAACUUAUAACAAAGCUUAAGUCUGCAAUUAAACAAGUAGAGGGAGGCGAUGAUGACUACUCUUUUCUCGUUAAUUUGAAAAGCGUAUAUGAACUCCAAUUGGCAAAGUGUGUACCCAUUGAAACCUUAUUUGAAGAUUUUGUCAGGAUUCUUGAAGGAAACAGAAAUAUGUCAGGAUUCACCAUCAAAGAGAGAUGCAACUGUUCCCGGUGAAUCUGUAAGCUCAAAAUCGUUAUAGCUUUCGGUUCAAGUGAAGUUGAUAAGCGUCCCGGAGAGCCAUGUCAAAAGAAUGCGCUUUUAAAAUUCUGGAUGUCCUCAACAACAUUGAGUUGGAAGCUAUGUCUCUCUAGCUCUCUCAUAUAACUUGUGGCUUAAGGAUUUUGUGAUGUCAUAUAGUCCUAAUAUUAACGGAUUAAACCGGAAAGAUACAGAGAAUGCUAUGAUCUCUCUUAUAUUUUCAAUGUAUUUGAAAUUGUAAUUGAUGGUCAAAUUCUUCUCCGGGAUUUCUAUAAUCUCUUGUAUUCCUUGGACAGCAAAAAGUCGUGCAGGACGUGUCUUUAUUGAAAUGAGUUUUUGUAAAAGAAUGAAUAUUAUCUCUAGACUUCAAUGGAGUACUAGAAGUUUUUGCUAAAGAAUGAAUCACCAUGAAUACAA